AUGAUCUUGGCUACAAUUAUUGCCAAUUGUAUAGUCCUGGCUUUGGAGCAGCACCUGCCUGAUGGAGACAAGACACCAAUGUCAGAGCGGCUGGAUGACACUGAGCCAUACUUUAUUGGAAUAUUUUGCUUUGAAGCUGGCAUUAAAAUCAUUGCGCUGGGGUUUGUUUUUCACAAAGGCUCUUAUCUCCGAAAUGGCUGGAACGUGAUGGAUUUCGUUGUGGUCCUUACAGGGAUCCUGGCCACCGCUGGAGCUCAGUUUGACCUACGGACUCUGAGAGCUGUCCGAGUGUUGAGGCCACUGAAGCUUGUCUCAGGAAUCCCAAGUUUACAGGUUGUCCUCAAGUCCAUCAUGAAGGCGAUGGUUCCUCUCCUUCAGAUCGGGCUCCUCCUCUUCUUUGCCAUUGUGAUGUUUGCUAUCAUUGGACUGGAGUUUUACAUGGGGAAGUUUCACAAGGCCUGCUUCUCCAACGAAACAGGGGAGAGGCUGGGCGAUUUUCCAUGUGGGGAGGAGAGGCCUGCGAGGCAGUGUGAAGAUGGAACUUGCAAACCGUACUGGGAGGGCCCCAACUUUGGGAUCACCAACUUUGACAACAUCCUGUUUGCUGUGCUCACCGUCUUCCAAUGCAUCACUAUGGAGGGUUGGACUGACAUCCUCUACAAUACUAACGAUGCUGCAGGGAAUAUGUGGAACUGGCUCUACUUCAUCCCGCUCAUCAUCAUUGGUUCUUUCUUCAUGCUCAACUUGGUUCUUGGUGUCUUGUCGGGUGAGUUUGCCAAAGAACGAGAGCGAGUUGAAAACCGGCGGGCCUUCUUAAAACUCCGGAGGCAGCAGCAGAUUGAAAGGGAACUCAAUGGCUAUUUGGAGUGGAUCUUUAAGGCAGAGGAGGUGAUGUUAGCAGAAGAAGAUAAGAACGCUGAAGAGAAAUCUCCCCUGGAUGUGCUGAAAAGAGCCACCAUAAAGAAAAGCAAAAAUGACCUGAUUCAUGCUGAAGAGGGGGAGGACCACUUUACGGACGUUUGCUCUGUUGGUUCCCCAUUUGCCCGGGCCAGCCUGAAGAGUGGGAAGAACGAGAGCUCCUCCUACUUCCGCAGGAAAGAGAAGAUGUUCCGGUUCUUCAUCCGACGCAUGGUAAAAGCACAAAGCUUCUACUGGAUGGUCCUCUGCGUCGUGGCCCUCAACACCAUGUGCGUUGCCAUUGUGCAUUAUGACCAGCCAGAAGGGCUCACGACCGCUCUGUAUUUUGCAGAAUUUGUCUUCCUCGGCCUGUUCCUCACUGAGAUGUCCUUGAAGAUGUAUGGCCUGGGGCCAAGGAACUAUUUCCAUUCCUCGUUCAACUGCUUUGACUUUGGGGUGAUUGUGGGAAGCAUCUUUGAAGUCAUCUGGGCUGCAGUAAAGCCUGGGACCUCCUUUGGCAUCAGUGUGUUGAGAGCUCUUCGGCUGCUGAGGAUUUUCAAAGUCACCAAGUACUGGAACUCCUUGAGGAAUCUGGUGGUCUCCUUGCUGAAUUCCAUGAAGUCCAUUAUCAGCUUGCUGUUCCUCCUCUUCCUCUUCAUCGUUGUGUUUGCUUUGCUGGGGAUGCAGCUUUUCGGAGGACAGUUUCAUUUUAACGAUGAAACGCCAACCACAAACUUUGACACUUUCCCCACUGCCAUUCUUACUGUGUUUCAGAUUCUGACCGGAGAAGACUGGAACGCAGUGAUGUACCAGGGGAUAGAAUCUCAAGGGGGCGUCCACUCAGGAAUGUUCUCGUCCAUCUACUUCAUUGUCCUGACACUCUUUGGUAACUACACGCUCCUCAACGUCUUCUUGGCCAUCGCUGUGGAUAAUCUUGCCAACGCACAGGAGCUGACCAAGGACGAAGAAGAGAUGGAAGAGGCCACCAAUCAGAAACUUGCCCUGCAGAAAGCAAAGGAGGUCGCUGACGUCAGUCCCCUGUCGGCCGCUAACAUUUCCAUAGCAGCCUUUGUAAAGCAAACGCGAGGUACAGUAUCGCGCAGCUCGUCGGUCUCCAGCGUAAAUUCACCCAAACAGCAGAAUGCUUCCAAGUCUAAAUCCGUCUGGGAGCAGAGAACCAGCCAGAUCCGAAUGCACAACUUCCGGACCAGCUGCGAAGCCCUGUACAAUGAGCUGGAUCCAGAGGACAGGGUCCGCUACGCUACCAACCUCCACAUCCGGCCAGAUAUGAAGACUCACUUGGAUCGCCCCCUGGUGGUCGAGCCAAGGAGUGACGGCCGCAACAACAAUGGCAGUAAGCUAAGUCCAGUCGAUGUUCAAGAGGUUGCAGAGCAGUUAAAGGCCCCCCCAGCUGAGAGCACCGAGGGUCCGCGGAAGCAUCACCGGCACCGAGAUAAGGACAAGGCAGGAGAGCAGGAGAAGAGCAGCGCGCCCAAGGAAGAGAAUGGGGAAUCUGGCCCAAACCAUAAAGAGGAGCGUCACCAGCUGCACAGGAGCCGCAGCAAAGAGGGUGAGGGGGGUGGGAAGGAAGGGAGGAGCGAGCGGAACCGGGGCCAGGAAGGAGGUAGAAGGCACCACCGCCGCGGGUCAGUGGAGGAAGGAGCCGAGAGGGAACACAGGCGCCAUCGUGGUCACCGGCACUCCGCCGAGCGGCAAGCCAAGGAAGGCAAUGGAACCGUCAAUGGAGCCAAGACGGAGCGGCGUUCACGUCACCGAGGAGGGUCCCGGCCUGGGAACCGGGAAGGAGAUCCUGGCUCCAAAGGUGAGGGUGGCGAAGAACCCCACAGACGGCACAAGAUGCGUCACAAGGCCCUCUCCACUUACGAGUCGGUGGACAACGAGAAUGGGGAGAAGGAGGGAGAGGCAGGGGAGAAGGAGCCGAGGAAUCACCAGCCAAGGGAAGGUCAGUAUGACACAGAGGCCGGUGGGAGUGUGACUGUUGCACCUCUGCACACCUUGCCCAGCACCUGCCUGCAAAGGGUGCCUGAACAGCCGGAAAAUGCUGACAAUCAGAAGAAUGUCACCCGCAUGGCUCAGCCGUCUCUGGACAAAACCGUUACUGUGAACAUUCCUGUCACUGUCACGGCCCCUCCUGGAGAAGCUGCCAUCAUACCAAUGAACAACAUUGAAUUUGAAAGCAAAACAGAAGCAAAGAAAGACAUGGAUGUGGAUGAUGACUUUACAGACCAUGGGCCAAAACCAAUCCUGCCUUAUAGCUCCUUGUUCAUCUUAAGCCCUACAAACCCAAUCCGGCGUCUAUGCCAUUACAUUGUGAACAUGCGUUACUUUGAGAUGGUCAUCCUCAUUGUCAUAGCACUCAGCAGCAUUGCCCUGGCUGCAGAAGACCCCGUCCAAGCUGAGUCACCAAGGAACGAGGCUCUCAAGUACCUGGAUUACAUAUUUACAGGUGUCUUUACAUUUGAGAUGGUGAUAAAGAUGAUUGACCUGGGCCUGAUCCUUCACCCUGGCUCCUAUUUCCGUGACCUCUGGAACAUCCUGGAUUUUAUUGUGGUCAGUGGGGCUCUGGUGGCUUUCGCCUUUUCAGGGAACAAAGGGAAAGAUAUCAACACCAUUAAGUCCCUGCGAGUGCUGAGGGUCCUCCGGCCUCUGAAGACCAUCAAACGCUUGCCAAAGUUGAAGGCAGUCUUUGACUGUGUGGUGAAUUCUCUGAAGAACGUCCUCAACAUCCUCAUUGUCUACAUGCUCUUCAUGUUCAUCUUCGCCGUCAUAGCUGUGCAGCUUUUCAAAGGGCGUUUUUUCUACUGCACGGACGAGUCUAAGGAUCUGCAGAAAGACUGCAGGGGUCAGUAUCUUGAUUACGCGAAGGAGGAGGUGGACGCUCAGCCCAGGCAAUGGAAGAAAUAUGAAUUCCACUAUGACAAUGUCCUCUGGGCUCUGUUGACGCUCUUCACUGUCUCCACAGGAGAGGGGUGGCCGACCGUUCUGAAGCAUUCGGUCGACGCAACGUAUGAGAACCAAGGACCCAGCCCCGGGUACCGGAUGGAGAUGUCCAUCUUCUACGUGGUGUAUUUUGUCGUCUUCCCGUUCUUCUUCGUGAACAUCUUUGUGGCUUUGAUCAUCAUCACCUUCCAGGAGCAAGGUGACAAAGUGAUGUCUGAAUGCAGCCUGGAGAAAAACGAGAGGGCCUGUAUAGACUUUACCAUAAGUGCCAAGCCCCUGACCCGCUACAUGCCCCAGAACAAGCAGUCCUUCCAGUACAAGAUGUGGAAGUUUGUGGUGUCCCCUCCAUUUGAGUAUUUCAUCAUGGUCAUGAUUGCGCUCAACACCAUUGUGCUGAUGAUGAAGUUCUACGGUGCUCCACAGCCCUAUGAAGAUAUGCUGAAAUGCCUCAACAUUGUGUUCACAUCCAUGUUUUCACUGGAAUGCGUGCUGAAGAUCAUUGCUUUUGGUGCACUGAAUUAUUUUCGUGAUGCCUGGAACAUCUUUGAUUUUGUCACAGUCUUGGGAAGUAUUACUGAUAUUUUAGUAACGGAGAUUGCGGUGAGACACAAAACCCUUUCCUCUCCGCAGGACAAUUUCAUCAACCUCAGCUUCCUCCGGCUGUUUCGGGCGGCGAGACUCAUCAAGCUUCUCCGCCAAGGCUACACCAUUCGGAUCUUGCUCUGGACCUUCGUCCAGUCUUUCAAGGCCUUGCCUUAUGUGUGUCUCCUCAUUGCCAUGCUCUUCUUCAUCUACGCCAUUAUUGGCAUGCAGGUCUUUGGAAACAUUGCACUAAAUGAUGAUUCUGCCAUCAAUCGACACAACAACUUCCAAACAUUUUUGCAAGCUCUGAUGCUGCUUUUCAGGAGCGCCACUGGAGAAGCCUGGCAUGAAAUCAUGCUUGCAUGCCUCAGCAACCAAGCCUGUGAUGAGCACUCCAACCUCAGCAAAAACGAAUGCGGCAGCGACUUUGCCUAUUUCUACUUUGUCUCCUUCAUCUUCCUCUGUUCCUUUCUGAUGUUGAACUUGUUUGUGGCUGUCAUCAUGGACAACUUUGAGUACUUGACACGGGACUCUUCCAUCCUAGGGCCCCACCACCUCGAUGAGUUCAUUCGGGUUUGGGCUGAAUACGACCCUGCUGCCUGUGGGCGCAUUAGUUACACAGACAUGUAUGAGAUGUUGAGACACAUGUCCCCGCCACUUGGACUAGGAAAGAAAUGCCCAGCUCGCGUUGCCUAUAAGCGCUUGGUAAGGAUGAAUAUGCCCAUCUCAAAUGAUGACUUGAGCGUCCACUUCACAUCUACGCUGAUGGCCUUGAUCCGGACCGCCCUGGAAAUCAAACUGGCAUCAGGGGUCCUGCAGCACCAGUGUGAUGCUGAGCUGAGGAAGGAGAUCUCAUUGGUUUGGCCCAACCUGUCGCCAAAAACCUUGGAUCUGCUGGUGCCACCUCAUAAACAUGAAGCGAUGACGGUGGGGAAAGUGUACGCAGCAUUGAUGAUAUUCGACUUCUACAAACAAAACAAGAACACCCGGGAUCCUGCCCACCCAGCUUCUGGAGGUCUUUGCCAGACUGGGACGGUGUCUCUCUUCCACCCACUGAAAGCAGCGCUUGAGCAAAGCCGCCCUCCAGUGUUCCCCAACGCUUUCCUGAGUCAAAAGAGUUCCGCUUCUCUCAACAACGGAGGUGCCUUACAAACGCCAGAGGGAGGAGGAAUCAAGGAGUCUGUUUCAUGGGGGACUCAACGGACUCAGGAUGUGUUUUAUGAAACGAGGACACCAGCUUUUGAGCGUGGCCGGUCAGAAGAAAUCCCGAUUGAGCAGACAACCAAGCAGGUAGUAGAAAUGCGAGAGAUCAGUCCAACGUUGGCCAAUGGUGAGCAUCAGCCUGGCCUGGAGAGCCAGGGCCGAGCUGCUUCUAUGCCCCGCCUGGCGGCAGAAACUCAGCCCAUCCCGGACACAAGCCCCAUGAAGCGGUCCAUCUCCACCCUGAACCCACAGCGCCCCCACGCCACACGCCUCUACGAACAUUCCCGGCCAGCAGAGCACACCCACCAUCACCACCACCACCGCUGCCACCGGCGAAAAGAGAGGAAGCAGAAGUCUAUCGACAAGCCGCCCAACCACCUAGCAGAUGGCGACGCUGCAGGCGAGGCUUCCUCCCGCUCCAAAAAGCAGGAGCGAGGCCGGUCCCAGGAACGGAAGCUUCACUCCUCUUCGUCCUCCGAAAAGCAGCGCUUUUACUCCUGCGACCGAUACGGCAGCAGAGACCAUUCGCAGGCCAAGCUGUCCGAGCGCAGUCGGCCGGCCUCGCCCGACGGAGGGCAGGAGCACGGGAUGCAGAAGCAGGGCAGUGGUUCAGUUAAUGAGAGCCCCCUGCUGUCAACUUCUGGCGCAAGUACCCCAUCCCGUGGCCGGAGGCAGCUGCCGCAGACGCCGCUGACCCCGCGCCCCAGCAUCACGUACAAAACCGCCAACUCAUCGCCCGUGCACUUCUCCGGUUUCCAGACAGGCCUGCCAACCUUUUCCCCGGGACGCUUGAGCCGGGGUCUCUCUGAGCACAACGCUUUGCUGCAUGGUGACGCCCAGGGCCCCUUGCAGCCCCUGAUGGCCCGGAUCGGUUCAGACCCUUACCUGGGGCACCGGGAAGACAGUGAGAGUCCAUACCAUGCUGUGCCUGAGGACACACUCACAUUUGAGGAGGCUGUGGCCACCAAUUCUGGACGGUCGUCCCGGACUUCUUACAUCUCCUCCCUCACGUCCCAGUCCCACCAAAUCCGGAGAGUCCCCAACGGAUACCAUUACACCUUGGGCCUCAGCGCUGGCCCUGGGACCAGCACCAGAGCACGUAGCUAUUACCACGAACGAGAUGAUGAUGACUGGUGCUAGCAGGAAAAGUAAAAGGGUUCUUGAAGACUGGAAACUGAUGAAUUUUAUCAUCUAGAAAGCUCCACGUUUGUGUCCGUGCAUAUGUCCAGCCCCAAGGCAUCAGGGCUGGAGGGAGAAGGAGGAGAAAAGAGUGCCUCCUUGUGGAGCUCCUCCCCCCAAAUGAGAAGACUGCCCUGUAUGCACAUGCACAAUGCCUCUCUCAUAUUGCCACCUGUCUCUCCUUUAGUGGUAGAAAGCUCUUGAUCGGUGGGAACUGUCGUUGCUUGGAAGAACAGGGCGAGGGAAGUUUGCUCCUGCCCAGCUCGACUUGCUGUCGUGUCGUAGUCAAGGUCACCCUCUUCCUCCUCGAUGACGAAACUGUCAGAGAAGCAAAAGGCCCAGGGAAAAAAACAAAAAAACUGUUGAUGUUUCUGGGACUGGAAUCUUGCAGAGUUUUGGAUGAGCAAGCGAAACGGCUGU